GACUGCGGGCCCGGCCGGUGGAGCGGCGAGCGGCUGGGGCGCCCGGGCGGCGGCGGGAUGUCCGCGGCGGGGACGGAGAGCCUGCUCCGCCAGGCCAGGGAGGUCCGGGACGAGGAGCUGCGGCAGUUCUGCGCCCGCGUCAGCGCGCUGCUGCGGAAGGAGGAGCCGGGGCCCGAGGCCGUGGACGCCCUGCGCAGGCUCUUCCUCAUCAUCUCGGCCACCAAGUACGGCAGGAAGCUGGAGAAGGAGUGCGUGGACCUGCUGCAGACCGCCCUGUGCCCGCCCGCGCGCCCCGAGCCGCUGCAGCUGCUCUGCGCCGCCAUCCUGCGGGAGACGUCGCCCUGCCUGGGCCUGAGCCUGCCCUGCGACCACGCCCAGAGCCCGCGGCAGCUGAGCCUGGUGGCCUCUGUGCUCCUGGCCCAGGGCGACAGAGAGCAGGUCAGCAACGUGGGCCGGCGUGUCUUCCAAGUCCUCGAGAGCCGGCAGCCCGAGGGGCCGAGUCUGAGGCCCCUCCUCCCAGUCGUGUCCAAGGUCGCCAGCCUGGCCCCAGGCAGCUUCCAUGAAGACCAGGCCAACCUGCUCAGCAAGAGGCUGGUGGACUGGCUGCGCUAUGCCAGCGUCCCGCAGGGGCCGCCCCCCUCCGCUGGGGGCUUCUUCACGCCCCGGGCCCGGCAGCCGGGUCCCGUCACCGAGGUCGAUGGGGCCGUGGCCACGGACUUCUUCACGGUGCUGUCCACGGCCCAGCGCUUCACGGAGGACCAGUGGCUGAACGUGCAGGCCUUCUCCAUGCUGCGGGCCUGGCUGCAGCUCAGCGGCCCCGGAGGCCCGGGCGCCCCGGACACAGAUGACAGGUCAGAGCAGGAGGGCUCCACCCUGUCCGUGCUGUCGGCCGCCUCCUCCACCGGCCGCCUGCCGCCGCCCGAGCGCCUGCGGGAGAAGGCCUUCGAGUACUGCCAGCGCCUCAUCGAGCAGAGCAACCGGCGAGCCCUGCGAAGGGCGGACUCGGACCUGCAGAAAGCUUGCCUGGUGGAGGCCGUGCUGGUGCUGGACGUGCUCUGCAGGCAGGACCCCUCCUUCCUGUACCGCACCCUCCCCUGCCUGAAGGCGCUGCAGGCGCGGCUGUGCGGGGACCCCGCCUGCGUGCGGGUGCUGCUGCCCCUCGCCCAGUUCUUCCUCAGCCACGGGGAGGCCGCCGCCCUGGACGCGGAGGCCGUGUGCCAGCACGUGUUCAGCAGGGUCCCGGCCGAGCACUUCCACAGCCCGAUGCUGGCCUUCGAGUUCGUCCAGUUCUGCAGGCACAGCCUGCCCCUGCUCGGCCGCAACCUCAGCCUCCUCCGCCGGAGCUUCCCCAGCCUCCUCAAGCUCCUGGCCUGGAACAGCCCGCCCCUCACCUCCGAGUUCGUGGCGCUCCUGCCCUCGCUGGUGGACGCCAGCACGGCCGUGGAGCUGCUGCACGCGCUGCUGGACCUGCCGUGUCUGACCGCGGCCCUGGACCUGCAGCUCCGGUUGUCACCGGCUGCGUCCGAGAGGCCGCUCUGGGACGCCUCCCUCAGGACGGCCAGCUGCCCCGACGCCUCCCAGGACCCGCAGCUCCAGGGCCUCCUCCAGCACCUGCUGCGCGCAGAGGCCAGCGGGGCCCCCGAGAGGCUGGCGCCACUCCACCCGCUGCUGCAGCCCAUGGCCAGCUGCGCCCGGGUGCUGCAGUGCGCCCAGGCGGUGCCCACCCUGCUGCGGGCCUUCUUCUCGGCCGUGACCCAGUUCGCUGACGGGGCCCUGACCAACCAGCUGGCACGGCUGCUCCUGGAGAGAAGCGACUCUCUUUACCCGGUGCCUGGCUACGAGGCCCGCGUGCACCAGGUGCUGAGCGCCCAGUUCCUGGGCCUGUGCCAGCGGAGGCCCUGCCUGGUGGUGGAGCUGGCAAAGGAGCUGCUGGAGUUCGUGGGCAGCGGGGGCGGCCUCCGCAGCAGCGGGAGCGUGCUCACCUCCGUGGUGUGGGCCGUCGGCGAGUACCUGGCGGUGAGCUGGGACCGGCGCUGCACCGUGGACCAGAUUAACAAGUUCUUCGAAGCCCUGGAGGCCCUGCUGUUCGAGGUCACCCAGUCCCGCCCCUCGGCCACCCUCCUCCAGUGUCCCCCGCAGCUCGUCACUGCGCUUAUGACCACACUGACCAAGCUGGCCUCCCGCAGCCAAGACCUGAUCCCCAGGGUCUCUCUGUUCCUGUCCAAGAUGAGGACCCUGGCCCAGAGCCCGGCCACGGGCUCCCUGCGCUGUCGGGAGGAGGAGAGAGCCAUCGGCAUGCGGGCCACCGAGCUGCUGAACCUGCUGAAGAUGCCCAGCGUGGCCCAGUUUGUGCUCACGCCCAGCGUGGAGGUGGCCGCGCCCCGCUACCACCGCGACACCAACACGGCGCUGCCGCUGGCCCUGCGCACGGUCAGCCGGCUGGUGGAGAAGGAGGCGGGCCUCCUGCCAGGCUGAGGGGCAGCGACCAGGCUGCCAGCCGGGCCGCAGAUUGGGACGGAGCCUGGUACUUGGGCCGAGCCAGGGCCUCACGGUCAGGAGGAAACCAGGAGGAAGCCCGUGGGCCCUGGCCCCGCGGUGGGGUGGGCUGCCACGGUCUCACCUGUGGGUGUUGGUCCGACCCUCUCCCGCGGGACCAUGCUGAGCUCGGCGGGACGUCCUGACGUGGCGCUAGGCCCUGGGGCGGGCGGGAGCUGCAGGACAUUCAGCCCCAAUAAACCCGCUGAAAGUCA